GGUCAAGCCGCCUGGGCUCCCAGUUUUCAAACCCCCAGUCAGUCGCUCCCAGCUGUUGCAGCCAUGGUGAAAAAGGUGAAAGUGGAAAAGGCCAAAAGCGACAAGUCUUCGUGCAAGAAAUGCCAAAAGAAGAUCAGCUUUGAUGAACUUCGAGCUGGAGUAGAUUGCUGGAUGGGAGGUCGCACAGUCACCGCUUGGUUGCACAUGAAAUGUAUGUCCGAGUGCUUCAAGUUUGAUCGCUGCAAAGGCAAAGGAAAGUGCAAGCUUUCCGGUGACACCAUGGAAAAAGGUGAAGCUCGCUUGGAACUGGCCAGAGAAUACACUGGCAUUUUCUUUAAAUUGAAGCAUUCACAUUCAGCUUUGGCUGACUUUCUCAAAGAGAAAGCUAUGAAGCCACAGGCAAUCAAGGGCUACAGCGAGCUCUCCCCAGAGGAGAAGUCGCAGCUGUGGAAGACGGCCAAAGCCCAUUUUCGGCGAGCCUGAAGGGGCCCACCUCCAAUCUUUCAUGAUCUUUCAUGAUUUCCUUCCUGAGAUUGCACAGCCGUGGGAAUGAGAUGGAAAAA